AUGCUUAUAGCAAGGAUUGCUCUUGUUUUGCAAGUUAGCCAUGCCAGGGGUGGUCAAUACAAAUAUAUAAGGAACACCAUUAAUUUCCCACAAGACAUUUCAGAAAUAGCAACUACUUUGCCACACAACUUCCAACAUUUGGAGAUUGUUAUUGUUCGAAAAACAAAUCUCGAAGGCAAAAAAUAUGACUAUUAUGUAAACAGGUUCCAUGUUAUGGAUGCAUUGAAUUACAAAAUUCAACUUGACCAAUACUACAAUGAUGUUAUCAUUGACUUUGGAACUGCUAGUUUAUUGCCAGAAACAUCUACUGAUAUAUCUGAUUUGUUACAUACCCUUCCAGAUUACAUUGAUCUGCAGCCUGCUUCAGCAACUCAAGAGGCACUUUGUAAUGAUGAUGGAGUUGAAUUAGAGACCACAUCAUCAUUUAUUCCAAAGUUGCCAUGUUCAACCCGUGAACUAGAUACGAUUAAAAAAAUAUUUCACCUAGAUAAGGAUGAUCAAAAUGUUACAGCUUGGCCUGUAAUAAGCUGCUCACCCAUUAAUGAAUACAACACUGAAGGGUUAUUCACUAUGUCUUUCCCAACAUUGUUCCCAAACGGAUCUGCACUACCACUCCAACCAAGAACAAAAUAUGUUCAUUUGCAUGAAUAUGCUUUGCACUUAAUAAGAUAUCAUGACCAAAUAUUUGGAGAAUAUGUUAGAUUUAGAUAUUAUCUUUAUAAUCUAAUAAUGAGACAAAGUUCCAAACAAUCAGCUUCUGUUUUCAUAAGGACCAAUUUAGAAGACUCCUUCCCAGCUACGUUGCAAGCUUUGUGUGAACGGUUGCAAGCUACACCUUCUGAUCAAUUGCCAAGCCAAUUAUUGUGUUUCAUAGCUUCAUUGCGAGGCACUAGAGCUUAUUGGAAUAGAUCACGUAAAGACCUCACUAUAAUGGUACGCCAAUUAGGAGCGCCUAUGUUGUUCUUCACAUUAAGUGCAACUGAUAAAAAAUGGCUAGAACUGCAUAAAUUUUUUUCAGUGAACUCCUCUGCAGAUUUGUAG